AUGGAACCAGGAAAUGUUACGUGGCCUUCAGAAUUUCUCCUUCUGGGACUCUCAGAGGACCCAGAGCUGCAGCCCCUCCUCUACGGGCUCUUCCUCUCCAUGUACCUGACCACGGUGCUCGGGAACCUGCUCUUCCUCCUGGCCAUCGUCUCCGACCCCCACCUGCACACGCCCAUGUACUUCUUCCUCUCCAACCUGUCCUCUGUGGAUGUGGGCUUCACCUCCACCACUGUGCCCAAGAUGCUGGUGAACACCCAGACCCACAGCCAGCUCAUUUCCUACGCAGGCUGCAUCACCCAGAUGUACUUUUGGAUGCUUUUUUCAGGGCUGGACAUCUUUCUGCUGACGGUGAUGGCCUAUGACCGCUACGUGGCCAUCUGCUACCCCCUGCACUACACGGUUAUCAUGCACCGCUGGCUCUGUUUGUUGUUGGUUCUAGCCUGCUGGAUCAUGGGUGUCCUGAUUUCCCUGUUACACACCCUCAUGGCUUUGCGUCUGUCCUUCUGCAGCCACUUGGAAAUCCCACACUUCUUCUGUGAACUGGAUCAGGUGGUCCACCGUGCCUGUUCUGACACCUUUCUCAAUGACAUGGCCAUAUAUGUUACUGCAGUGCUGCUGGCUAUCUGUCCCCUCGCUGGCAUCCUGUUCUCUUACUCUAAGAUAAUUUCCUCCAUACGUGCAGUUCCGUCAGCUCGGGGGAAGAACAAAGCGUUUUCCACCUGCACCUCUCACCUCUCGGUGGUCUCCCUGUUUUACUGCACGCUCCUGGGCGUGUACCUGAGUUCUGCUGUCACCCAAGACUGGCGCUCUACUGCAGUCCCCUCGCUGAUGUACACCGUGGUCACCCCCAUGCUGAACCCCUUCAUCUACAGUCUGAGGAACGAAGACAUCAAGAGAGCGCUGAGAGGACUUCUUGGGAGGGCAACGAGCAGAGGACCAGCUGGCCCACCUCGGUAGAAAUGCUUCUCAUUUCGGGCCUCAAAUUUUGGAGUCAGAAUUUUGAUCCUUUGAUCAGAUUGUGCAAGACGUUUUUCCCUUUACCGCCUGUAAUUUCCAUUUCUUUGAUGUAGUUCUCUAGAUAAUUUAAUUAAAUCACUUUAUUAAGUGUUCUCUUCUUUCUAGUGCCUUUUAUUACUCCCCCAAACUUGUUCCCCUUCUUGGAUCGGAAGUGUUUGGAAAUUCUCAUGUCUGCCCUGGAACAAAGCAGACUGCUUAUGAAAAAUUGUUAUACAAUAGCGUAUCAUGUUCAAUUUAUAUCUUUUGUGUUCUACAGCAACUUUGAAGGAUUUUGCUGUUAGUAGAGGACAAUUAUACUUGGCAAUUAAAGUCAGCUACAAAUUUGAAUAAAUUGAUUGAUUCCAUAUGACUUUAGAGUCUGGAAUGACCUCUAAUAUGACCAAUAAAUUUUUGA